UAUAUGAGAAAACAAGGAAAUAAAUCACAGACAUUCAGGAUAAGAGCUGCAGCAGAACUUCAGAUCUCCUACAGAAGCCAACAGUCACAGAAGCACAAAACAACAGUUAUGGAGGAGAGAAAACCCCUGCUGCAGAAGCUUCAGCAGAACGUGGAUGAAGUUCGAGUCAUCAUGCAUAAUAACGUGAUCAUGACUGAAGCACGUGGGGAAAAUCUCGACGAACUGGACCAGAGAGCAGACCGGCUUCUCAGUUGUAGUAGACUUUUUGCCAGGACUGUGAGAAAUCCUACAGAAAAACAAGACCAGAACCCUCUUAUUGGGAAGAUCAUUUGCGCUGUAAUAUUAACAGCCACCAUUAUCACCCUCACCAUCGUCAUCAUUGGAUCGCGAAAGCACUGGUUCUGAUGAUCGUGAAACUACAAGUGUGAAACUGU